GAUUUUUCCCGCCAAUUUAGAAAAUUGCUUUUAACUAACCCCAAAAAUCUGUGCCUUAAACCACAGAGUCAAAUCAGUGUCUUGUUCCCCUGCAUCCCUUUUGUCCUUCUUCUCUUUCAUAGUCACAGCCACCAUCAUCAAUUUUUUUCCUCUUUUCUUUUUUUUUUUUCCUUUUUCUGUGAAUCAAAACUUCAGUAUUUCAGAAAUACAUUUCUUCUUUUUCCCGAUUCAUUAAAAAAAAAAAAGAAAAAAAAAACCUCGUACUCUGUAAUGGAUUCAGCUCGGCCAAACAAAACCAGCAGCAGAAUAGCGAAAACAUUUCAGAAAGUGAUACACCUCAAAACCGCCACCAGAAAUAACCGCUCAAGAAACCCUGGAUUUUGCCUCCUGAUUCCCCAAGAAAAGCUCAGAUGCUGCGAAUCUCACCUCCAGUUCGAGACGGAAGACGCGGAAGAAGCCAGGGAGGAGUUCAAGAACCGCGCUGCAAUGGCGGCCUUCGUCGCCAAGCUCUUCGCCACCGUCUCCGCCGUGAAAGCGGCGUACGCCGAGCUCCAGAUGGCCCAGUUCCCCUACAGCGACGAGGCCGUACAGUCGGCUGACCAGUCCGUCGUCGACGAGCUGAAAUCGCUCUCCGAGAUGAAGUACAGCUUCCUGAAGAAGCAGAUCGAUUCGUCGCCGCCGCACGUGACGGUGAUGCUGGCGGAGAUUCGGGAGCAGCAGUCUCUGAUGAAGACGUACGAGAUCACCAUGAAGAAAAUGCAGGGCGAGAUAGAGAACAAGGAGAACCAAAUCUCCUCCCUUCAACAAAAAUUACAGGAGAUUGUUCAGAGCAACAAAUCCCUGGAGAAGAAGAUGAACGCCAGCGGCUCUUUCUCGAUUCUCGACAACGUUAAAUUCUCCGAAGUGAAUCCUAAAGAUUUCGUCUUGGUUCUGCACUACUGUCUGAGAUCUGUCCGUAAUUUUGUGAAGUUAUUGAUUCGAGAAAUGGAGUCGGCCGAUUGGGAUAUUGAAGCGGCGGCGAAUUCUGCAUUACAAAAAAACGACGUCGUUUUCGUGAAAAGGGAUCAUAAAGCUUUCGCCUUUGAAUCAUUUGUUUGCAGGGAGAUUUUUGGUGGGUUCAACGAUCCAGGGUUUUCCUUGCAGAGCAAGUCUUCUUUGUCCGGAGACAAUAUUCAUCAGCGCCGCGUUUUCUUCUUUGAGGAAUUCAAGAAAUUGAGGUCUGUGGGGGUGGUUCAUUUCCUGAAACGGAACCCUAAUUCUCUGUUUGGGAAGUUUUUGAAAUCGAAGUACCUUCAAUUGGUGCACCCGAAGAUGGAGUUUUCGUUUUCCGGGAAUUUGAACCAGAGAAAAAUGGUGAAUUCCGGCGAGUUCCCGGAGACGGAGUUCUUCAAGUCGUUUGCUGAGAUGGGGAGGAGGGUUUGGCUUCUGCACUGUCUGGCGUUUUCGUUUGGUCAGGAAGUCGGUAUUUUUCAGGUGGAGCGGGAUUCCAAAUUCUCCGAUGUGUAUAUGGAAAGCGUGACGGAGGACGUUUUCGCGGCGGCGGACGGUGGGUUUCGGGUGGCGUUCACGGUGGUGCCGGGGUUUGAAGUCGGUCGGACGGUGGUGCAGAGCCAGGUAUAUUUACUUCCAGCUAGAAAUUAGAAAUUAGAAGGAUCCCUUUUCGGAUGAGCUGGAACAGAAGCGGCGCGUGGGGAGGCGCGUGGGAAUGGGUACCCCACAGUAUAUAUAAUUGUAUUAUAUGGUGACCUGAAAGUGAUGAGAAACAAAGUUCAAGUUCCAAGUUGAAAGAGCAUGAAAGUGGAAAGUGGGCCCCCCACUGAAUUAAAUGAAGUGGAUUAAUUUGAUUUUGGGCGGUGGACAAAGAAGGCUAAUUAGGCGGUCCGAAUGGGCCUUCCCGGCUUGCAAAAGCUGAGGUUGUGGGCCCCACUACACAAUAUAAAGUUGUAUCCACUAAUAAAUAAUUACUCCCUCUGUCUCAUAUUAUAUGUCUUUGUAGAGAGUUUUUUUUGUCCCAAAUUA